GGGUCUCUUCUUGUGGCGGCUUCCCCGACCCCGGAUCAUGUCCCUUUAAGCCAGCACCCACCUGAGAUGUCAACCAUGUGUCUCCAGUCCCUUUUGUUCACUCAGCCACAAACACACGAUUUCCUCGCUCCUUGCUUCGUCUUUCGCCCCUCCUCCGAGUCAUGUCCGCCGAGGCCCUUGUUGCUCCAGUCGCCGCUCACCCGGCGCCCCUCGAUGUCAUGAAGGCCAAUCCCCAGCCGGAGCUCACCCCUCCGGAGGCCGAGCUGUCGGUUACUCCCGCUCCUCCGGCCACCGAUGAGCUGUUGAAUCCGCCAGCCCAGGCGGUCGAGCCCUCGCUCGCGGUGGACUCGCUCAUUUCCGACAUGACCGUGGCCCUUCUAUCCCUGGCGGCCAAUCCCUCACUGACCGAUCGCCUGGCCGCCAUCCGGACAGUGGCCCAGUGUAUCGAACGCACUGGCGCCUGGACAGGCCAGGUGGCGGCCCAGCUGUCACACAUGAACAUUUGCCACAGCGUGGCGGCUCCCGUUGACACGACCGGCCUGUCGCCGGCUGAGCGGUCUCUGGCCUCCGAGGACCGGCUCAUCGGCAACUUCAGCCGGGUGCAGGAGCUCGUCACCCAGAAUAGCCGGAGCCUGGCCACCACGGCCGACGCCCUGCUGGGGCAGAUCCACCAUGCCGAGGAGCAGGAAGUCCGCCAGCAUGACAUCCUCUUUGAUACCCUUGUGCAGGACCUCCUCCAGCGCUUCAAUGAGCAUCGCGAAAUGGUCGAGCGCUUUACCCAAUGCGUGGUGUGCCUCGAGCAGCCGAUGGACUUCCAUCCCUUCGAUGAGGGCGGCGAGGCGCGCAGCCGGGAGCUCCUUCGGCGCCUCUUCGAUGGUCGCUAUGAGCUUUUCCUUCAAAUUCAAGAUCCCGCGGCAUUCCGGCGCCCGGGCCUGGUGGCCGAAUUCACCAAGGCCCUGGACGACCUGUUCCCGAAUGAGGAUGACCGGACCUACCUUCACCUGCUGUUGGACCCUGAAAGCUGGCCCGCAUCUGAUACCCCCAUCAUCACAUUAAAUUGCCUGCAUUCGUUGCAUGUUGCCUGCCUGGAGGAGAUGUUGACGGCUUCCAUGAACCCCGGCAGCCGCGUCGAUGCCGGGUGCCUGCGCUGUCCCUCCUGCCGGCGUGGCCUCGGGGUGGAUCUCCUCCGUGAUCCGGCCUCCCUGGCGGCCUUGGCCUCGUCCUGUCUCCGCAACCACAUUCGUCCGAGCAUGCAAAUUCUCAUCAAGUACCUCCAGCACACCGGGGAGCCCCUGCCCGAGCGCUUCAUCGCCGCCGACCAACAGAACACCACUGCCGAAGACACCUGGCCCGAGUUAGCCAACGAGGAGGUCCUCACCGAGGUGGCGGACUAUCUUUCGCGGUACAUCUUCUCGCUCUGCACCCGGUGCAAGCAUCCCUUCUUCCAGGGCGUGCGUGACUGCCAGAUCGCCGGGCCGGCUGGCGAGGAUGAGGCAGGACAGCUAUGCGCCUUCUGUGAUCUGGACAAGCCCCAGUGCGAGCACGAGCAGUCCAACUGGAUCUGGAAGUGCUUUUUCUGCUGCAACGAGGCCCUUUUCCUGUGCUCCGGCAAGUAUUACUGCAAUCCCUGCCACUCGGUCAGCCCACGUCCGGUCAAGCCGUGCACGUGUGGCCGGGUGCACCCGGCCAAUGGGGCCAAUGCCACGGUUGGUUGUGUCGUAUGUCUGGCCGAGAAGGGAUCCUAAUGGGAUAUCGCUCCAUGUGCCCCGCCCCCCCCCCCCCCCCCUC